AUGCCAGAACCUAGAGAGCUUGACCUCGAUCACUACCAAUUCGCGGAGAAGGGUUUUGAUGAUGAGUACACCCUCGAUCCUGCCAUUCCUCUAAGGGUUUCUGUCAAUGAGAAGGAGAAGAUAACAUUGGGGGAGAUCAUUUCUGCCUUUGAAAAGACUUUGGACUGCUAUGUCAUUGAGUACCUUCGGAUUGCGGGCCGAGGCCAGUACGAUUGCAUCAGUGGGUGGGUCGAAAUACCUGCCCUUCUGGGAAAGGACAGCCACGAGAAGGGCCGCAUCCCGGACACUUCUCGAUAUAGCCCAACUCGUUUGACAGCUUGUUGAGAGACAAACACCCGAACGACAAGAGACCUAGUCUCGAAGGGUGUGAGGCCUCGGUGCCGGGUAUGGAGGCGCUUGUUGGUAGGCCGGCCGAUUACAGGGCCAAAGCCAUCGUUGUCUGA